AUGGCAUCUGCUUCGUCCGCCGCUAGCAAGCGCAAGAGAGCCGGCGUCGCUUCUCCUGAGAGCGAGGCCCAGGCUGCUGCUGCCGAGGAAGCUCCUCAUACUCAGAACGGUGGCCCUCACCCUAAGCGGCAGCGGGCCAACUCGGGACGAGCUGUCGACGCUCCGAGCGACGAGGAUAAUGCUGGCUCUGAUAACGAAGACGUUGAGGUAAUGGCCCCUCCUCCAAUCGGCGAAAUUGUCCACCCCGCCGGCGGCUACCGAACCAACUCUCCUCCCGUUGGCCGGGCCGUCCGUGUCUACGCCGACGGCGUGUUCGAUCUCUUUCACCUUGGUCACAUGCGCCAGCUCGAGCAGGCCAAGAAUGCUUUUCCCAACACGACCCUCGUCGUCGGUGUCACCGGCGACGUCGAGACGCAUAACCGCAAGGGCCUGACUGUCAUGUCUGCCAAGGAGCGCGCUGAGUCCCUCCGCCACUGCAAGUGGGUUGACGAGGUGAUUGAAGAUUGCCCGUGGAUCGUGACGCGCGAAUUUCUCGAGGAGCACCGCCUUGAUUACGUAGCCCACGAUGACCUCCCCUACGGCGCCGACGAAGGCGACGAUAUCUAUCAGCCUAUAAAGGAGGCCGGCAAGUUCCUUGUUACGCAGCGCACCGAGGGUGUCAGCACCACAGGCCUCAUUACCCGCAUCGUCCGCGACUACGAAAAGUACAUUAGCCGCCAGUUCAAGCGCGGCACUUCGCGUCAAGAGCUCAACGUCAGCUGGCUCAAGAAGAACGAGCUUGAUAUCAAGCGCCACGUCCAGGAGCUCCGCGAUAACAUCACGAACAACUGGACCAGCACUGGACAGGAGCUCAGCCGUGAGUUGCGCCAAUUCUGGCCUACCAGCCGCCCGCAGAGCCCUGCCCGCUUCACGCAGAGCUCCAGCGACCUGGCCCGAUCCCCCACGACCCCUGGCGCCUCCAACUCCAAGGAGUUUGUCACGGGAUACGCCCUUGGUCUCGUCGGCGGCGUCCGCUCCUGGAUGACCAAAAACCGCCGCACCGUGCGCGAUGCCAGACCGCCCAGCGACGACGACUCAGAGGAGAGCGACGAGCAGGCGGCUGACCGCAGCCGUAAGGCUUCUCAGAGCCAUAUUGUCUCUCCCACGCCAACCAAGGUCGGCGCGACCAAGGCUUAA